ACGAAAUUUGCUUAAACAUCAAGAUGGAGAUUAAAAUUUAGCAAAGUUCAACGCGAUUAUGAGUCUUUCCGGGAUAUUUUUUAAUAUUUUAGGAAAGUUUAACCGCGAUUGAAAUAAAGCUACGACAACGGCUCAGGCAACAACCAAAUUUUCUUUAAAUAGUUAAAGGACAAUAAAUGUCUUUUCGAGGUUUUUGCUGGUGCCAGCAACAAACGCAGUGAGCUGCAACCCAUUUCAGUGAAAUUAUGUCUGAAUAUUCUAAUUCGUCAAGCUCCCGAAAGGAUGAUACCGAAAAAACUCAAGACGAGCAACAAUCGCCCGUUUGUUCGCAACAGGCUGAACUACAGAAGGCAAAAUGGAUAUGCGAGUAUUGCACAUACGAAAACUAUCCUCAAUCAUUAAAGUGUACAAUGUGCAAAGGACAGAAACCAUUACUAAAUGAGGAUAUUUUCAGACUUAGUCCUACACAGCAGCUUAAUACAACAAGAAGAUCUACGUCUAACCUUGCCAGUGGACCAUCAAAAAUGUCCCCGAGGCAUGACGACAGUAUUAAUGAAGGUAGUCAAAAGUGGAUCUGCAAUGUGUGUACUUACCAUAACCUACUUCAAUCUCGGCGUUGCUUACAAUGCAACAGCAAGUGGGAAAGCGAGGUGUUUACGAAGUCGUUUACCCAAAAAUCUCAGUCCCAAAAAGCAUCUCCGCCAAAAGUGAUAUCGGAAUAUGAAAGCUUGAGCGACCAGCUAAACGCAAUGAACAUUUUCCGCAGUUCUGGGGAAGAUGAUGUGGUUGAUCUAUUUUCACCCAGUAGCGGGUGCGCUAGGAGAAAACGAAACAAUUCUCCCGCUAACAUUGAUUCGCCAAGCGUGGAUCGGGCAAUAGAUCGUUCAAAAGAUUACUAUUCCGGUGUAGGCAGCGAAGAUGUGAAGGUCCAAUCCCCGACCGCAGUUUCGCCGAUGAAUAGCAGCAGCCGUAUUACAACUAACACGGGAAAAUGGUUUUGUUCAGUAUGCACCUACGAAAACUGGCCGAAAUCGUUAAAAUGUUCAAUGUGCUUACAUCCACGUGAAACAAACAGUGGCCGUACUAGUCAAGCAUCUGCGAGGCACUCACCAGAUCACGAUGAGAAUGUAGCCAGUAAUAUUGUGGUAAACAAUAAGCGCAACCAACAGCUGGUUCGUGACUUAGAUCCAAUGAAUAAUCAUGAUGUGUAUCAGCAAGAACGGUAUAUGCGACAGCUUAGAAGACAACCUGACUGGCAGUGGCUUAAUGCUUGUAUUGGGAUUGCGGAAAACAAUGUCGGAGCAGUGGAAACAUAUUUGGGUUGCGGUGGUGAUCCGAGUCGUGCUCUUACUCCUGCUGAAGUUAGCCUGCUCAAUCAUAACAACAUAGCUUUCGAUGUUGGCCACACGCUAAUCCAUCUGGCAAUUCGUUUUCAUCGUGACGAGAUGCUUCCGUUACUAUUGGCUCAAAUUUCUGGUUCGGGACCAGGUAUCAAAAGAGUACCUUCAUAUGUAGCUCCUGAUCUUGCAAGCGACAUCAGGCGUCAUUUCGCUCUUUCAUUGUGUAUUCGAAAAGUUGCAUUCAACUGCCAGUAUGUGAAUGAACAUGCAACCUUUUCGCUUCCUGCUGAUAUUGAAGAACUGCCACUGGCAUUACAAGAACAGCUUUAUGAGGAAUUGCUUGACCGUGAUGCUCAAAAGCAACUGGAGAUGCCUCCGCCGGCACUCAAUUGGUCACUGGAAAUCACUGACCGCCUGGGCUCUCGUUUAAUGGUGCUAUGGAAUCGAAGCGCCGGUGAUUGCUUGUUAGAUUCUGCUAUGCAGGCAACAUGGGGUGUAUUUGACCGUGAUAAUACGUUGAGGAGAGCUCUCGCUGAUAGUCUGCACCAGUGUGGUCAUUUUUUCUAUCCGCGUUGGAAAGAAAACGAAAUUAUUCAAGCUGCGCUGUUGCAUUACACAGUAUCUGAAACGCAACUGGAAGAAGAUUGGAGCACUCUUCUUUCGCUAGCUAGUCAGCCUGGAGCGUCACUUGAACAGCUGCAUAUUUUCACUCUAGCGCACAUUCUUCGUAGGCCUAUUAUUGUGUAUGGGGUUAAGUACGUGAAAAGUUUUCGUGGUGAAGACAUCGGAUAUGCACGGUUUGAGGGAGUUUACCUACCUCUUCUAUGGGAGCAAGGUUUUUGUCUAAGCUCACCGAUAGCCUUGGGGUAUACUAGAGGUCAUUUCAGUGCUUUGGUGCCGACAGAGCCAUAUUCACGUAUUGACGCAGCCAGGGAUGACAGAGAAGAUAUUACAUUCUUACCGCUGAUGGAUUGUGAAUCGAAGCUAUUGCCUGUUCAUUUUUUGAAUAACAAUGAAAUUGGCCAAGAGGAAACCAUUAUGCGCCAGUGGCUAGAUGUAUGUGAAACUGAAGGAGGUUUACUGGUUGCGCAACAGAAACUUCACAAACGUCCGCUUUUAGUAGCCCAAAUGUUAGAGGAAUGGCUCAACCAUUAUCGGAGAAUAGCAAUUUCGAGGCUUUUUUAAAUAUCGCGUUUACUGAGUUAUUAAGACCUUUCGAACAUACCAGUAAUUUUAACAAAUCGAACGGCUUCACACGAAAUCUGCUUCAACCGUAUAUGUGCAUUGUUUGCAGAAGAUUAAUGAUAAAUCAUGUAUAAAACCAACUACAUCACGUCGCAUACAUCAGCACGUCAUCGAACGAACAUAGAACGUCAAUUAACAAACUUAAUCUCUCGUAUUGCGCUAUCAGUGAACAACCAGAAUUGAAUAUAAGCACAAAAUUAGUUCUAUAAAAUUGUCGAGCCAGCACUGUUCGCAUCGAUUAGCACGACAUAUUUCGAAAAAUCUCCUUCAUCAGUUAUCCAUGAGCCCGCGAGAACCCAUGGAUUCCCACCAACUAGGCCGGAGCAUGAAUGAAUAAAGCACAGUAGUGAUUUUAAAAAGAGCUAAAAUUAUGAUGCACUAGUACUUUAUCAAUUUGAAAAAUUGCAUAAAUACCAAGCCAGGAUUGAUACAAUCUACAAAAUCAAGUGGCUCUGUUAUGUUUGUUAAGUUUUAAAAAAUUUAAUAGUUUUUCUUGGGAUUCAACUUGGGUUUGUACAUAUUUCCAUUUCAUUAAUUUUUAGGUAAGUUGUCUUUACGCAAGAAUAAAAUGAAAACAAAUAAA